GUAUAUAAACAAUAAUUCGGACCACUUUUUUCCCAAAAAAAAUAAGAUUUAGAAUUAAUAUACAAUAAAAGCGCUACUUACCAUAUUAUCCAUAACGGUUCAACAGUAAUGAUACAGUAGAGAAAUGCCUACUACAGCUGAAAUCUAUGGUUAUGGUAUCUUAGCUAAUGCAAUAUGUUGUGUAUGUUCUAUUUGUGGAGCUGCCGUUUUGCCAUGUGCUAAGCGGUUUUCAAAUGCAUACCACGUGUUUUUGUCGAUUUUUAUGGGAUUAGCUGUUGGGACUCUGUUUACAGGGGCAGUGGUUCAUCUUAUUCCUGAGGCUCUAGGAGUCCAUGGACAUUCUGAUCAUGAGCAUGAACACGAGGACAACAGAACAGAACACGACCAUGACGACCACGAAGCAGGGAUUCAUGUUGAAAAUUACAUAUGGUAUACAAUGGUUGUAUUACUGGGAACAUACGCCUUUUAUCUUCUGGAAAUGAUAAUGACUUUUCUGAAAAAAAGAAAGGGACUCAUAUCAGAAAUACCCACAUCAACUGAACCAGGAGCAUUAAAUCUCGGACAACUUGAUAGUGAUUCCAAAAGUUCGAAAGAUUUUUACAAUGUUAAUUCAAAUGGUCAAAUUGAUUUAGGAUCAGAAGACUCGAAAAAAGAAAAGGGUAUCGCCCCACUAGCAUACAUGAUAAUAAUUGGAGAUGCUAUACACAACACUACCGAUGGUCUCGUGCUUGGAGCAGCGUUCUCGAGUGAUAUAGCGGAUGGGAUUGGUCUUACUAUAGCUAUAUUCUGUCACGAAUUACCACAGGAGUUAGGUGACUUUGCUGUGCUAAUAACAAGUGGUUUGUCGUUCUGUCAGGCAAUAUGGGCCAAUUUGUUUUCCUCAUUGACAGCCUUUAUUGGUUUCUUUGUUGGUGUACAGGUGGCGUCGUAUGCAACUGCCGUCAACUGGAUUUAUGCGGUAACAGCAGGAAAUUUUCUGUACAUAGCUCUGGUUGACAUGUUACCAGAGCUAAUGAAGUUGGGAUCUAAAAGUUGGAAGACGUUCUGUUAUCACAAUAUCGGCAUUGUGACUGGUGCCCUUAUUUUAGUUGUUGUAGCAGUUUUUGAGGAGCACAUAGAAGUAUGAUACCGAUAGACAAUUACAAAGUAAUUAUCACUCGAGAUUUCAACGAGACUCGAAUAAAAAGUCAUCCUUAAGUAGUAUACAAAACAAGACAUGAUAUUUGUUUGUUUAUCUAAAUUUUUCUGUUAUUUGUAUAUCAUAUUUAGAACGUUUAUUCCCUUUUUUAGUCCAACGGGAUCUGAGAGAUUGUG